GUUGGAUAUUUAAGUACUCCGCUCCUUUUCACUAUUCAUUACUUGAAAGGUAGUUGAAUUGAACCAGGUGAGAUAAAUCUAUUUUAGUGGGAAAUCGGUUAUAAUAAGAAAAAAUUAAAUGAAACAAAAUGAGUAUGGAUGAAAGUAUUUAUUCAGGGAAUGACGAACUAGUGAGAGAACGCGAAGAAUCGGAAUCUUUAAAGCUUGAAGCAAUUGUUAGCUCAGAUUUUCUACUACUUCCAAGAGCUAGUGAUGCUUUUAAUAGUUCAUUGGAAAAGGGUUAUCAUCCUAGGAUUCUCUUCAGCGCCCUUAAAAAAAGCCGAGAGUCGAUCUUAAAUGGCAAUCUUUUUGAAAGAUUUUCACCUCAGGAAAACCAUUACCUUUCCGGUGGAAUUCUUUAUCCUCAUCAGCGGUAUUUGGGAUCUGCCACAUUAUGCGUCGGUCCUCUGAGAUUUGAAGAUACCAGUUUUACAUUUGUACAUUAUUCCAAUUCUGAUAAAGAACCCUUUAAUGCACCUAAUAUAUCAUAUGUGAAUCCUCAGUAUAAUGGUUUAGACUAUAGACCGAAUCUUAAACGACAAGCUUCAAUGAUGGACACGGACGCAAAGGAUGUCAAUACAAAGGAAAGAGAGUAUGAAUACAAUCUAUUGCCAACCCCUCAAUAUAGACCCUCAUCCCCAAAGAAACCAGAAGAUUAUGAGAGUACUCCUGGAGAACCUGUUGAACCUUUAGUCACUGAUGAGUCUCUGCAGCGAUUGCGAAACCGAUCUCACGAAGAUCCUACCAUAAUGAAUAUUCUAAAAAAAAUAGCAAAGGGAUUGGGAACACCUGAACAGUGCAUCCUUCUUCAUAACGAGCUGAUAGGACCUAGCACUUUUCCAUCUCCGCGACGUGCCAAAAAGCCUCCUCGUAAACGUAUAACACUAACCUUAAAUCAACAUGACAAAGAUGAGUUCGUAAAAAGUCUUCUUAAAGACAGGAAGACCGUCCGUCAGCACUUUGAUAUUGUUUUCCAACUCAAAGAAGCACCUGAACAGCAAUGGAUAUUACCGCGUGGUUCUGUACUGUCGCAUAUUUUUAAUACUGAUACGAAACAAUUGGACGCAUUGAAGCUGCUCUUUCAUGUAUAUAAGCCUACUCAAGAACGUUCUGUCACGGACAUUAAAACCGAAAUUCAAAUUAAAAAUUUCAACUCUACGCUACGAGUAGCGAUUGAAUCUCUGGUGAGUGGAAGUCAUUCGGAACGCUUAUUGAUGGAAAAGCAUCGUCGACUAUCAGUUCCAGAACCUAGAUAUUAUGUACAGUAUUCUGAGCGUAAUUAAGUCUUAGCAUAUAUAUUGAAAAUACCAUUUAAUGGCGAAAUUAGAGUUAUCUAUAUUCUAAACUCAGUAUGUAGUAAACAUGAA